UCAGGAGGGCGGGACUUGUCGAAAUGCGGGUGCGGGUUAAAAUAAACAGUGAGCGGUUUGUCUGUGUAUUAGCGCAGUAAAAGGCUAUUUUUAGAUGUAUAUAAUUCAUUUGCAGGUUUUCUGACUUCGGUAUAUUCUGGGGAAUCAGCAGCGUUUAGUGUACACUUCAGGGUAGUGCACUAGAAGUCUCUCCCUAAACCCUCAGUGUGUCUCAGGGUUGAUCGGGACGUGAGGAAGGAGCCGUCAGUGUGAAGGAAGUCGAGAUGCCGGAGAUUAAACUGAAACAUGUGGUGUCCUGCAGCAGUGAGGACAAUACACAUAAAGCUGAUAACCUGUUGAGCUCCGAGACGUACAGGAAGUGGAAAUCCGCUCGUCCAGGAGAGAAACAAGUUUCAGUCAUUAUGCAGUUUGAGAAGGAGGAGCAGGUCCACAGUAUUGACAUUGGGAAUGAGGGAUCAGCUUUCAUUGAAGUGCUCGUUGGACAUUCGACCUCCGUUAAAGACCAGGAUUUUGAGGUGUUGUUGGUGACAUCGUCGUUCAUGUCUCCCUCUGAGAGUCGAGGGAAUUCGAACCUGAACCGUGUCCGAUUCUUCGGCCCUCAGCAGCUUGUGAAGAGCACGAGUCAGGAGAAGUGGGACAGAGUGAAGAUCGUCUGUACACAACCCUAUAACAAGAACAUUGCUUAUGGAGUGGCGUUUAUAAAGUUUCACUCUCCGCCGGAUAACAACACUCCUGCUGUUACACCUCCUAAGUUGACUAAACUGGGUCAGUUCCGGGUGAAGGAGGAGUCUCAGUCCCCCGGGUCGAACCUGCAGCCGGGGAGUCUCUUCCUGAGCCGAGAGAAUAAAGAGGUUGCAGGAGUGAAGGUUUCUCCUAAAAACACUUCACUGAGUUACGCAGCAGCAGCACUACAGACUGAGCCCUCAACCUCAAGCUCCGCUGCCAGCAGCUCACCACAGGCUGCUGUAUCUGUGAAGAGAAAGUUUGAGUUCAGUAAAGAGAGACAGGAUGCCCCCCCUCCCCCCACCAAGAAACACACACCUCCACCCAAACCCAUCACAGAGACUGCUGAACACACACACACCUCCAUGAGCACAAAAACAGCCCCCUUUUCCCAGAAGUCCUUGGUGCGGAAGUCCUCUGUCAAGCCCCGCCCCCGGGCCUCAGAACCAAUCCCCUUUAACCGCAUGAUGGAGGGUGUGGUGUUUGUGCUGAGUGGAUUUCAGAACCCGUUCCGUGCAGAACUCCGAGACAAGGCUCUGUCCAUGGGGGCGCGGUACCGACCAGACUGGACCCCGGACUCCACACACCUCAUAUGCGCCUUUGCUAACACCCCUAAGUACGGUCAGGUGAAGGCAGCAGGGGGACUGAUUGUGCGGAAGGAGUGGGUGAUGGACUGUCACAAGAGGAAACAGAAAAUCUCCUACAAAAGGUAUCUGAUCGACGGAGCAGAGUCGAGCUCGGAGGAAGAGGAAGGGGAGGACAGCGCUGCUGAGGAGCUGAGACCUGAUGAGGAAAAGAAAAAAAAGAGUCUUGAGAAGAGACACAGCGCUUCCAUGAAAUCAGUGAGAGAGGAGAGGAGCGACGGAGCAGUGGACGAGCGAGAGGAAGAGGAUGAUGAUGAUGAUGAUGAUGAUGGAUCGGGCAUGGACACUGAAGAUGAGCUGAGCAGAGUGGAGAAGAGGAGAGAGGAGAAGGCAGGACAGGAGGACAGAGGAAGUGGAGGAGGAGAGGAGAUGGAGGAUGACCAGUAUGGAGGCUCUACAGAUGAGAACACAGACGCAGAAGAAGAGGAAGACAAACCCAUUCCAGAGCUACCAGACUUUCUGACAGGAAAGCGUUUUUAUCUUUAUGGGAAGUUUCCGGAGAAUCAGCGACGCCUGCUGCAGCGUUACAUCAUCGCCUUUAACGGUGCUGUGGAGGACUACAUGAAUGAGAAGGUCCAGUUUGUGAUCACCAGUCAGGGAUGGGACGACACCUUCGAGGACGCUCUGAUGGAGAACGAGAAUCUGAGUUUUGUGAAGCCCACGUGGAUUUUCGCCAUUAAUGAUCGGCAGAAGAUGUUACCCUAUCAGCCCUAUACUGUCGUGCCCUAAAAAAAACACACCUCCACUGUAGUGAAUGAUUAUUAGGAGCAUUACACCCUAUAUCCCCCUCACACACACACACACACACACAGACUCCAUCAUCAUCUUGCGCUGGUGUUUUAUUAGAAUGUAAAAUGGCCGUCCUGCUCGGCCGCGUCUCAAUCCCACUCCGGUUCCACACCACGAUGAAGUGGAGGUUUGAGCACAGAUGUGUUUGUGAUGAAAUGUAAUUGGUAAUUAGUAUUUGGAAUGUGUGUGUGUGUGUGUGUGUGUGUUUUAUCUGUUUAUCUUUGAAAUAAUCCAGACUUCAGUUUGUGACUGUAAUGAUUUUAUUUGUUAAUUAUUAGAUUUAAAUUUUGUUGUUUAAUAUGUUACUGAUUCUGUUUCGUUUCUCAUGAAAGACUUUGUGUUGAUUUAUUUCUCCGGAUAUAAUAAAGUUAAUUUUGUUACACAUA